GGAAGCUUCAUUUUACCAGAAUUGAACAGUACUGAACACAACUUUAAGCUAAACGAUCAUAUUAAACUGAAGACAAGAUGCGGAGGAGGAACAAUAAUGACCCAGCAGACCUCAGGAUUGUUCUGCUGGGUAAAACUGGAUCAGGAAAAAGUUCUGCCGGAAACACCAUCCUGGGCCAGAAUAAGUUUGUGAGUAAGUCUUCACUGGUGUCAGUCACUAAAACCUGUGAGAAAGGAGACAUACAGAUUAAUGGAAAGAAGAUAUCCGUCAUCGACACGCCAGGACUGUUUGAUACAAGGCUGACAGAACCAGAAAUGAAGGAAGAAAUAAUGAAGUGUGUUGAGAUGUCUGUUCCUGGUCCUCACGUGUUUCUGCUGGUCAUCAGACUGGACGGGAGAUUCACAGAAGAAGAGAAAAAUGCUGUGAAAUGGAUUCAGAAGAACUUUGGAGAAGAAGCUGCUCGCUACACCAUCAUUCUGUUCACUCAUGAUGAUCAUUUGGAGGAUUUAUCACUGUAUGGGUAUAUUAGUGAGAGUGCAGAUCUCUGUGCUCUUCUUUCUGAGUGUGAUCGCAGAUAUCACUCAUUCAACAAUGAAGAGAUGGGGAACCGCUUGCAGGUCACUGAACUGAUGGAGAAGAUUGACAAAAUGGUGGAAGGAAAUGGAGGACAGCAUUAUACUAAUGAGAUGUAUAGAGAGGCCCAGAAAAAGAUUGAAUGGGAGGCUCUUAAACAGGAUGCUAUAGGCUAUGGGCUAAAUGUGUUAACAGUAGUAGGAGCAGGAACAUUAGCAGUAGGAGCAGCAGCAGCAGUAACUGGAGGAACAGCAGGAGCAUUAGCAGCAGUAGCAGCAGGAGCAGAAACAGCAGCAACAGUAAUAAAAAUUAGGUUAGGAAUAUAGGGCAGUAACGCUUUUACCAAAGCUCUAUUUCUGUUUUAUACUGCCUGUAUUUUGUUGUACAAACACUUCUUCGUAGCUUACAUGCUAUGCUGGUGGUGCAACAACUCUAACGUGUGACUGUGGGUUAUUUCAGGACUUCUGAACUUGUAUCACAUUGUUAUCAAUGUCAAUGAAGUAACUAUAUAUGAAGAGUUCAGAUGCAAAAGCUGCUAAACGCCACUUACAUUUACAUUUAGUCAUUUAGCAGACGCUUUUAUCCAAAGCGACUUACAAAUGAGGACAAGGAAGCAAUUUACACAACUAUAAGAGCAGCAGUGAACAAGUGCUAUAGACAAGUGUCAGGUGUGUAAAGUCUAAGAAGCAAAGCAUUAGUAAUUUUUUAUUUUUUUUGGAGAGAGAGAGAGAGAGAGAGAGAAUAGUCUUUACCUGGCGUUUGGAAACGCCUCCAAAGUAAAAAAACACCCGAAACUGCAGCGGCGGGGCACAAAAAAGCGUCCGGCUCGGCACACAAGCUCUUACAGUAACAAAGGAAACAGUGGCUAAAACUUUCUAGUACUAAACACAGAUAGCUGAAAACAAUUUUAAAUGUCCAACAACCAUACACAACCAGCUGAAAACAAGUCUAAGUGUUCUCUAACCAAACACAGCAACUGAAAACAGGUCUAAAUGUACUUACACGGUGUUGCUCUCGAUGCUAAAGUGCUUCUCCUGCUAGCUAAACCUACUGUGUUCAAAUAUAUAGUCUUCCUCCAAAAAUGAGCUAAUGAGCUUCCUCCAAAAAUGAGCUAAUGGAAUUGAGUGAAUGCUUUAGGCAUGUACUACACCAUCAACAAAUACAUUUGCUUGUAAUCAUCCAAAUCUCAGCGUCAGAAAUAACAGUUUGUUGGCAAAAGCCGCUAAACGCCACUUGCCUUUGACAGCAAAAGCCGCUAUAUCCCGAGAACCAAUCAGAAGGCACGAAUCGAUUCAUUUGUUUUCAUUGAUACGCUGGCUUUUAUGAAGAGACGGUUUUAUUCCGCUUUCGUUUUCGAUUUUAAAGACGGAGUUUGAUAAACUGGAUGAGCCUGGUCGACUGUCAGUGAAUGGCAAAUGAAAACGUCCCUUACCUCAAAACUCCGUGUAUUAUAAGAAAAAGAAAAUACACUGUGCAGUCAGAAGUGUAGCAUGCAUUUAUAAUGACUUUUUGCGCAGCGACGCUACUUUGAAUGAGUACAAUUUACUAUACAUUAAACAGCAACUCCAUUUCACGAAAGACAAAGUUAAGAUGCCGUUCUUUUAUCCCAUGCGAAUGCUAUUAGGAUAAACAAGAGACCACAACCUUGAGUAUGGUGAGAAUGAAUUAAUGACAGCUUCUAAAAUUGUCUGAGAAGCAUCUCCUUUUUGAUUAUUAACUUAUUUUUAAAAGAUAAAUAUAAUAUUUAAAACUCUACAUUAUUUAUAUUACUUCAUAUUCCCUAUACGCCUGAUAAGCUUUUUAUAUUAAUGGACAAUGCACAGAUAUUGAUGUUUCACAAUCUACCAAGCUCAGUUUACAAUGUUUACAUUACAAUAGUUUACAUUUACAUUUAGUUUACAUUGCUCUACUUGCGUUAAAUCCCAAAUAUCCGAAAUGACAACAGAUUGUUAAGAUUUAGGUAAUGUCAGUUUUAAUGUUAUCGAUUAAAGGUGCAGUCGGUGAUUGUCUUCAGAAACAUGUGUUGUUGUGCUGGUUGAAAGUCUCUUCACGUUUCAAUAGUAUUGAUUAAAGUUAAGUGAUCUAAAUGUAUUUAUAUGUAUUUUUAUAUUCUGGGUAAGGCAUAAAACUAAAAAAUUUUCAUCCAAUUAAAUAGAGUCAGGCCGACAUCUCUCAUAAUUCCGAUAAGUAGGCCAACUGUCUGUCAGCAAAUGUAGAUUUGAACAACUGCGCAGCCGUUUGUACUCAGCUCUGCCGUUUGUUCAUUGUGCGUUCAUGAGAGAUCGAGAGAGAGAGAGAGAGUGUGAAUACAUUCAUUCAUUUUCUUUUCGGCUUAGUCCCUUUUUUAAUCUGGGGUUGCCACAGCGGAAUGAACCGCCAACCUAUUAUUGUAUCUACUCAACCUGGAAUACAACGGCUUUCUAAACAUCUUCACAUGGUACAGUAAACAUUUGAAGUAGAUGGAGCUUAGUAUGCUUGAAUUUCCUCUUUUCACUUUGUCUUGUGAGUUUUUUCUGUUCUCGAAUCAUCAGUGAUCAGUAAAAACAUGCUAAGUCAAAACUUUUUAAAAACCUGAAUCAAUAUUGGAGUUAGCUUUGCACGCUGGAGAAAGGAUGACACCACGGCUGAAGGAUUUCUUUUAGACAAGUAAUGUUCUUAAAACUAUUUUAGCUUCACGCAAAGUUGAUGCACGUUAACGUUAGAUGUUGUGGUUACAAAUGGGAUAUAUAUGCACAGAAGUGUUAUUCAGCCACCAAAUCUUUCGAUAAAAGAUUGAUGUGACUAUUUUCAGUUUCAGAAGGUCCUUUUACAGCGUCGAUAAUGUCAAUUUUAUUUAGUUUAACAACAAAACACAGGUAAAUAGCGCUAUUCCACUUAGCCAGCUUUACUGAGGUGAAGAUGGUUUUAUAUUCACAUCACAUUGGUUCAUUUUUGAACAACGACGACCUGUGACGCUCUCCUUAUAUUGUUUACCAUGCUACUCUGAAUAUUCGCUCUGAAAUAGCAUGUCAGUUUAGCUUAGUAUUGAGUGUAAUUCCUGCACGCCAGACAAGCACUAGUUGCUUUUAACACGAGCGAGGGUUAUGGGGUCUUUAAGGUGCUUGUGCUCGUGUUUCAGGAGGCAGGGCUCUGGACGGCAGGGGAGGGACUGUGAUUCCGAGAUUUAUGCUAAGCUGUUCUGUCACCUACUGCACCUUUAAUGCACUUACUUGACAGAUUUCAUUCAUUCAUUUUCCUUCUGCUUUUUUUCUUGGUUUAUCAGAGGUCACCACAGUGGAAUGAACCACCACUUACUUGACAGAUUUAUAUAUUUUUAAUUUUAGGGGGGUUGGGUAACUGUUUUAUGUUUGGUUAAGUAAUUUCUAAUUGCAUCUUUAGUGAUUUUUCAACUAAUUGCACUGUCUUGUCCAGAUUUAGAGGUUUUUGACGCAAAAGAAAAUUUUACUUCUUAAUAACCAAAGACUUGUCUAAAUUGAAGUGGGGGGGAGUAUUUUAUUUACUAGCUAAUAUCCUUUUCAUCACAUAUUAAAUGAAACUUCUGAAGCUAAUGUUAGAAGCCUGAUAGAAAAUGCUCAUUUACUAGAAAAGAGGUCUGAUGGAUUUAGAGGGCUUUGCAUCUGAACUCUUCAUUUGAUUAUUCACUAAUAAAGGGUUAAACAUCUAAUUAUUUCUGUUGAUUCUAAAAUGCAGAUGAUAUAUCUGAUGUAUUUUUAUUAAAUAAUCAAAAAAUAGAUUUUCUUCCUUCACAGACUCUAUUUUCUAAGAAACACAAACAUCUGUGAAACUACUGCAUUUAAACACAAUUCAUUCAGCAUGUUUGAUUUUUUCCCCAUACUUAGUAUUUCCAAAAGGCCCUGAAAAAUGUUCAAUGUGUUUGUUUUUUCAAGUUCAAUGUACUUGAAACAAAGUAUUGCACACUGAACGUCAAAGUAUAAAUGAAAAAUAAUCAGUAGUGUUAUAUUUGCAUAACUUAAGCAAAUACCAACACAGGCUCAGUUUGAAAAUGUAGCCUUAUAUAUGGUGUAUUGGGCGCUCUCCAGAAAUGUAUAUAGGGGUACAUUUUCAGAAUGAGCCUGGGUUGCAAAUUACACCUGAAUUUUAUAUGAUAUUUGUUUAUAUAUGUGCUUAAACACUGAACAAGAAAUAUAUCUGUUAUGCUCUGUGUACAAGAUGAACAGCAGGUCACAGUCAGAAAACACAGUCCAAAUAGGAUAUUUAAUUCACUAAAACAGUAACAAUAAUGUAUAAACUGACAACAAGUGGUUAAAAAAAACCUCACAAAUCUCCUGUUCACCUUGUUGAUUGGUGCAUUAUAGUAGAUUAAUGUUUAUUAUCCAGAUCACACUUUACACCAUGAGCCAGCAGCAUUAAGGAAAUGUAUAUACUCUCGUUGACAAUAGACAAGUGUGUGUGAGAGAAGUAUGAAUUCUCAUGCUGCAUGUUUUGGGCUAUAAGUUAUAUU